AUGGAGCAACCGCCAGAGCAGAUACAGUCGGAGCUGGAGAAAUUCAGGGAGCGAUGGCGUGCUGAGGUCUCGGCACGAACCAGAAACACAGCCGGAGGUUCGCAGCGUCAGGGCCAGACAGCGCCGUCGGGCUCUGCGGCGCCAUCCUCAUCCAGGGGCCCUCCAAGAAAACUAGAAGCUUCCCACAGGAGAAAUCCGUCCCGGACAGUUCAACACAUCGACGAUGAGGAAGAGUAUGUCCGUACUCAGAAUUUCGACGAUGAACCUGGCAAGGCCAAGACCGUCAGCUCCCAUGCGCCAGCGGAGACUGAGGACAAGGAGCCGGAAACGGCUUUGGAAUACUACGAGAAGGCGGUCGACAAAGAGACCGACGGCAAGCUCGGAGAUAGUCUCCAUCUCUACCGAAAGGCCUACCGGUUAGAUAAUCGAGUCGAUCGGGCGUACAGGGAAAAGCACUACCCUGGCAUCUGGAAGAAGAAGCCUGCCGGGACUCAAGCAGCGGCAGCCCAGCCGACCCUCUCGCACCCCGCCGCGACGGCUCCGGGUGCGGCCCACCCCUCAUCCGAAGGCCCCGCACCGUUGUCUCUCCCGGACCUCAUCGCCAGUUUCGCCGGCCUUAGCGUCCAGGGGGCUCCGCCGCCCGUGGAGGGCAUGCCGGCGCCCCCGUGUCCCAUCGCGGGCCUGCCCGAUGAGAUCCUGCUGCACAUCCUCGGAGAUGUUGCCGUCCUGGACGUCGGGGACUUUGUGCGGCUCUCCCAGGUUUGCAAGCGGUUCGCCUACCUGGCGGCAACGGACGACCGCAUCUGGCGACGGGUGUGCCUCGGACCCGAGUUUGGCUUCGCCGGCAUGGUCUACCACUGGCAGCGCGGCAUCUCGUGGGAGGAGCUGAACCCGGAGCACGAGCUGGACGAGGAAACGUUCACCAUGGAGGAGCUGCAGCAGCGGCGCGCCGAUGAGAGUGAGGCCACGACGCACGCCUUGGCCGCCACCGUGUACCCGUCUUGGCAGCGCAUGUUCCGCCAACGGCCGAGGCUGCGGUUCAACGGCUGCUACAUCAGCACUGUGAACUAUAUCCGCACCGGCCACGCGUCGGGCAAUCACAUCACCUGGAACUCGCCGGUGCACAUAGUCACGUACUAUCGGUACCUCCGCUUCUUCCGCGACGGAACCGCCAUCAGCCUCCUCACCACCAACGAGCCCGCAGACGUGGUGCACCACAUGACCAAGGCCCUGCUGCGGCAGCACGAGAAGGGCGUUGCUUCGCACCUGCCCACCGCGGUCAUGUCGCAGGCUGUCAAGGGCCGUUGGCGGCUGUCCUCCUCCAUCGAUAACCCGGACGCCAGCCUGGCCGAUGCCGAAGGCGAUCUCUUCGUGGAGACCGAAGGCGUGAGCGCCAAGUAUUCUACCCGUAUGGAGUUAUCGAUGAAGAGUGCUGGCACCAAGGCCCGGAACAACAAGUUGAGUUGGAAGGGAUACUGGUGCUAUAACAAGCUGACGGACGACUGGGGCGAGUUUGGCCUGAAGAAUGAUAAGGCAUACUACUUCAGUCGGGUCAAGAGCUAUGGCUUCACUGGGGAAUAG